AUGAAUUACGAUGGUGGUAAUGAUUUUGUACCAUUUGGAGUAUUACUUAAAUAUUCCUGUCAUAAAAUAUCUCAAGAACUCAUAGUUAUUUCUGAAUUGUUACCAAAAUAUAAGGAUUACAAUAGAAAAAUUACCAUUACUGAAUUUAGUUAUAUGGCACGAUGCCUUCUUUCAAAAAUUCUUGCAAUUGUAAAAUGGUUAAGAAGUUAUAAUGAACAUCAAAUGUGUAAAGAAAUACAAAAAUUUUUAGAGACUCAGGAACAAUUUUUUCGUGAAACUGCUGAUAUUUUGUGCAAUAUUGCUAGAAGUGAACUUGUACAUGCUAGAGUUCCUAUGUAUGAAGUUAAUGCUGCUGUACGCCUUUCAUAUGGAAAAAAUAUAAAAUUACCUUUUGCCAUAAAAAAAAGGUUUGUUUCUGAUAAAGGUGUAACGAAUACUGAGAGAAAUAAAGUUUUAUCAAUAAUAAAUAAGAAUAUUCUUAGUAGAUUAUCUCUUAUCUCUAGUAUUUUACCACCUAAAAUAGAAAGUAUUAUUAUAAAGAACGGAAUGGUUACAUUAACUGUACCUGGUGAAUUUGAAGUAACUUUAACACUUUUUAACGAUGAUAUAUCAACAAAAUGGACAUUAUUAAAUAUAAAAAUAUUAGUUGAACAGUAUGAUAUUGGAUAUGGUACAAAACUUGUUCAUCCAAUGCAACUUUUUACAAUACAUCAAUUUUUACAACAAAAAAUGACAAUAUCUAAAAAUCCUGUACUUGAUCUCUACAGUUAUUUACAUGAUUUUUGUACAUCUCUUCAAUUAGAUGUAUUAUUUUGUGAAAUAUCGCAACUUAUAGGAUCGCAAUAUAAAAAUAAAUUGAUUGUAGAAAAAUACGAUCAAGAUGCUGGUAUACUUAUUAUUUCUUUUUGGUUAACAUUUAGAAAAAAGCAAUAUGCUCCGUCUCAAUAUAAAAUAAAAUUAUUUAAAGAUUCUUCAAAGUUAAAUAAUGGAUUAAGAGUUAUUCAAUAUCCUUUAAGAAAAAAUAUGCCAACUUUAGAUUUAAGUACAGGUAGAUUGUCAAUAUGUCGUUUGUUAAAUGAAACAGUCUUAAUAUACGCUAGAGAAAAAUUGUUUUAUUUAAAAAAAAAAUUGACAAAAUUGAAACCGUAUACAAAUGUUGAGGUUACUGGUAUUAAAUAUCCAAAAAUUGAUUUUUGGUUGUUUGAAAAAAGUGAACACUCUGAAGAAGAAUGUCUUUCAAUACAUGUAAAUUUAUUUACAGGAAAAUUUGUUUUAAAUCUUCCUUUUUUUGAAUCAAAAAGUAUGUUAGAUGAAUUAACAGCUAUGAUAAAUGAUGAUGUUUCAAGUAAAGAACUUGAAAUUUUUAUAAGAAACAUCAAAAUGGAACUUUUAAUGCAUCGUAUUAAGAAAGUUUAUACUGAAAUUAAAUUACCUUUAGUUAAUAAGGAUAUUACUUUAAAGGAUAUUUAUACUUUACCUGGUGACAAAACAAUUCUUGCAAGAAUUAAUAAAAAUGAUUGCUUUAUUGUUAUUCAACUUACUGCAAACAAAAAUACGAAUGAAAUUAUAUUUAAUUUUUUUAUAUACGAAAAACGUAACGAAGUGUCUAAGAAAGUUUUUUCUUCACAAUAUCAAUUAGUGAAUCCUGUAGAAACAAACAUGAUGAGUGAUCCAAAACACAAAAUGUUUCAUCAAACACAUAAAUUGAAAUUGUUUUCAGAAGAGUGUGAAAGAUGUCUUACAAAAAGAAAGUUAUGGGUUGGUGAUUAUAAAAGUAUCCGAGAUUCUUGUUAUGUUAUAUUAUACGAAUGGCAACUUACAGAAAUUUCUAAAGCUUACACUGAUGGAUCUACUAAAAGUAGUAUCGUUAAAUUGGACACAAAUAGUGUACCUCAUUUAAUAUUAAAUUGUUCAGAAAAUGUUUCUGAAACUGACACAAAGAGUACAUUAUCAUAUGAGAAAUGUUUUAUGAGAUUGGAUGAUAGAUGGUCAUUUCAAAAAUGGGGUGCAUUUACGAUAGAAUUAUUCAUAAGAAAUGUAGCUUUAAAAGUUGAUUUUUAUAAAAAAUGUCCUGCAAGAGAAAACUUAGCUUAUAAGUAUGGAGUUAAAGGAACUAAUAUUGGUAUACCAUGUAAUAUUUACUGGUUAUAUCCAUAUAAUUUUACUCAAAAAAUUACUGAAAUACUUAAUUUAGAAAAAUGUAAAAUUAUGAAUUUUCAUAAAUUGUUAGAAGAUAUUGCUCCACAUUACUAUAAAUUUUUUAAUCAGUACUGUUCGAUAAAAUAUUUAUCUAAUUGUAAAGUUAUUUUUGCUUAUGGUCAAGAUAGAAGGUAUCUUUUAUACUUGAAUUAUUUUGGUUCAAAAGUAGAUUCUUAUAAAUUUUAUUUUGGACAAGAUACUUCAAUUGAUUUGGUAAAUGGUACAACUUCAACUUGUAAAUAUUCUUCCAAUAUAAUGUUCAAUGCUCACAAUAAUGUUCAUGUACAUCUAUUAAAAUGGAAAUUGAAUAAAACUCAUUUACAUCAUCUACUUUUAUAUUUGAUUAAAACUUACAAGCCUAUAAAUAUUUUAUACAGUAUUUAUAUUCCACCUAUUUAUUCGGGGGUUUUUGUUAGUGAAUUGGUAUAUAGAAAUUAUCAAAUGAAAAAAUUACCACCUGCUAGGUUAAUUGCUAUUGAUGAAUAUCAUAUAAGAUUAUUAUUUGCUGAUGUUGUAAUUGAAUUUUGGAUAGGAAGUGAAAACAAUAUUUUGAUAAAUGAUGUUUCAAAUGAAUGUUCUAAAAUUCCAGGAUUACAUUCUCUUAUUCAUACAUAUUCUAAUAAAUUAAACUCAUAUAAUAAACCAUUUUUUGAAAUGACAAGAACUGAAUGUAGUGAAUUUUUUGAUAUAAGAAGUGAACGUUUUCAAGUAAAUAGUAAUACAUUAAAAAAAUUAUGCUUAGAAAUUGAACCUGGUAAUAAAUAUGGAGUACUUAUAGAAUAUUUACAUUCACAACAUAUAUUAAAUCACAUAAAAAUGUUAACAAAAAUUUACUUAUUAGAAAAAGCUGAAUAUCCUACAAUACUAAAAUUUUUUAACAUGUCUACAUCACAAGGAUCAAUAUCAUUUAAUGUUCAAUACUUAUUAUUAGAUUUGGAAACAAGAGAAUAUAAUAAUAUUAGUACAAUAAUAUACAUUGAUACAAAUCAUUUUUCUUUAAGAAUGAUACUAAAUAUUGAUACAAUUUUUCAACAACAAGAAUCUUUUGUAAACUCAUGUCAAAAAUAUUUUGAAAAAGUUAUAUGUUAUAACUACAAUAAUUUAUCAUUUUUUGGAUUCUUUAAACUACUUUUAACACCCUCACAAGAUGUUUUAAAUGCCAUUGAAAAUAUUUUUAGAUUUGAACUUGAGAAUACAAAAUUAUAUAAUAAUACAACUAUCUCUAUACAAUGGGUUAGAGAAAGUUUUAACUCUGAGAACAAUUCAUAUGCUCUUAGAUCAUUUGUGGAGUCUAAUUUUGAAGAAGGUUAUGUUGUAAUUCCAGUUAAAAUUUCUGAUGUAGUCGUUAAAGAAAAAAAUGGACCAUUUGAUAUACAUGUAUUUCAUCUAAAGUAUUAUUAUAAUACAGGAUUAAUGGAGGCUACUGAUGAAGAAGAAAUAUAUCCAAAUUUAAAUUCUUAUCUACUUAAUUAUUCAAAAGAAGCUAGAACAACUGAUGUAGAUCCAUUCCUUCUUUGUUUAGAAAGAAUCAUAACAAAUUAUAUUCCAGUAUUAAAAUCAUAA